CACAGAAAACUCAAACAGCGGUGGGUCACCAUAACGGUCCUACGCAUCGGUCUUUACGUAACCUAAUCCUAUAAUUAUAAAACAAACAAGACCUUCACCAUGUGAUUGAGGACCGAAGAAGAUCGAAAUUCAGACGUGAGAUUGUCGGCUGUUUGGUCAAACAAUCAGAACCUUUUAUUGCCGCAACUCUCUCCCACUCCGCUUCGUAAAGAAAUUGAGGAAUUUCAGUUACUCAACAACAUUUGUGAGCAAGGAAAGAAAGUAAAAAGAUGGAAGUGGUGAAACCAAGUUCGCCGAUUCCUAGUUUUGAUUUCAACAGUGCUCCUCCUUCGCCCAGCCGAUUUGGUGAAUGUUUCUUCAGUGCACCCACCACUCCGUCAAGAAUAUCUGAGUUUUAUAGUGAAUUUGAUCGUUUGUCGAUCAUGAAUCAUAAUCAAAUAAGCAGUUCUUCGGCGAUUCCUUUUGAUUGGGAAGAAAAACCAAAAUCAGUAGGAAAAACAAAGAUCGAUGAUGAUGAUGAAGUAAAUUUCGCUUUUGAUUUUCGUCAGCCAUUAUUGGAGAAAACCUAUCAGCUUUCAGCUGAAGAACUCUUCGAUGGUGGGAAAAUCAAGCCCUUCAAACCUCCACAAGUUGUUGAUGAAUAUGAUCAGAAAAUCCCAUUUUUAUCAUCACAAGGGAAAAAGAUCAUCCAUGCUUUUUCACCAAGUAAGAAAACGAAUACAGAAGAUGGAAGAGGAAGAGGAAGAGAAAGAGAAAGAGAAAGAGAAAGAGUCCAUGAUAUGUUAUCAAAGAAUUCCAGCUGUAGAGCAACAAGAUCACUUUCUCCCUACCGAGUUUCUGAUGAAGAAGAUGAAAAUGAUCAUAUCAGCAGCAAUAUUAAGCAAUCAUCUUCAAAGGGUUCUUCUUCAAGAAAAUGGAGAUCAUUAAGAGAUUUGCUGCUGUUUAGAAGCGCAUCUGAGGGACAUAAUAGAGAUACAUUCAGGAAGUAUUCUUCAAGUUUUAUCAGAAAAUCUGAAGAUCACCAUCACAAGAGUUCAAGUUUUAAAUCCGUUGACUGCUCUGGGUCCGCAAGAUCUAAGAGAAAAGUAUCGGCUCAUGAGUUACAUUACACAACGAAUAAAGCGGCAUCCGACAAUAUGAAGAGGAAAACAUUCUUGCCAUACAAACAAGGAAUUCUAGGAAGAUUAGCUUUCAUUCCUGCAGUGGGAACACCUGCAAAAUCAUAUAACAAUACUAUGUGAUUUCAUCAUCUCCAUUUUCAAUUGUUUUUUUUUUUUCGUAAAGAUUAAUUAUCCAUUUCAUAGUUGUUGCUAUAAAAGUGUAGAAUUCAUGCGAAGAAUCAUAAUCAUAUAAAUUUUAAAAA